CUUGUUUGAAAAAGAACAGCGAAAGAGACGUACGAAAAAUUUACGAAAAACUCAUCUUAAAAGUCGUUUAAGAUCACGAAUCUAUCAGUAGCCACAGGACUGUGAGUCAGGUAGUAAGUGGACGUAUUUACAACGUAUAAAUAGUGAGAAUUAGUCACAAAAAGACAUAAGCUGAUUCAUGAACAAUUUCAAUACAGAUUACAACAUGGAAACUUCACUGUAUGAAAAUACAAACAGUGCUAAAGACACUAAAAUGUUGAAAAGAAAAAUGACAUUGGAUUUUGGCGGUCCUAGCAGCAAAAUGCAAAAGUUUACUGCAUUAUUGGCAUCGCCUGACUUGAAUAUGCUGAAACUUGCUUCGCCUGAACUGGAAAAAAUGAUUAUCCAGUCAAAUGGAAUGAUCACCACGACCCCCACCCCAACGCAGUUCAUCUGCCCCAAGUCUGUGACGGAGGAACAAGAGGCAUAUGCCAGAGGAUUCGUUGAUGCACUCGCUAAAUUACAUCACAACACGGAGAGUAUGGACAGCUUCACUCAAAACACUAUGACGAGCAGCAUAAGCUCAGCCAUGUCUACAAUCAAUGGCGAUAGUGCAACUAGCUUAAGCACGACCAGCCUUGUCCCCCUGACCGUUAUGUCAGUGCCUCAUCCAUCCGUUAUUAUGGACAAUAAAACAUCUAGCAGCAGCCAUAUACCAACAACAGUUAAUACUCAUCAAUUGAACAGUGUAAUCCGUGGCCCUGCGAAUGAUUGCGUUUCUACAGUCAAAGAGGAACCACAGACAGUACCUUGUAUGGGUAGUACCCCUCCCCUCAGCCCUCUUGAUAUGGGCACCCAGGAGGUCAUGAAACUCGAGCGUAAACGGGCGAGAAAUAGGGUUGCUGCCAGAAAAUGUCGUACAAGGAAGUUAGAAAAAAUUUCUCGCCUUGAAGAACGCGUUAAUGAUUUAAAAGGACACAAUAAUGAUCUAACACAGACAGCCUCUAGCCUCAGAGACCAAGUGAUGCAACUUAAAAAACAAAUCAUGGACCAUGUGAACAGUGGGUGUCAAGUUAUGCUCACAACUGAUUCUAACUUGGUAUAAUCAUCGUGAUGCACAAACAUAAUGCCAAUGAAUGACUAUCAAGAAUCAUCCAAAGAUAGACACUAAUGCAAUUAAAUAAUAGGUGUUGAAAUUACAGGCAAUAACAAUUCUAAAAUAUUUGUAGACUCCUUUCAAUUGUUUUAUAACUGUUAAUGCAAAGUUAUAUCAAAAUUUGCAUGAGUGCCUGAUUAUCAGUGUAGUUCUAGUGUGUAUUAUAUUUGUACAUAAACUCAGCUGUGGAUCGGCUGAGAGUCUGUAAAUAAUUGUGUAUUGUUUUCUAUUCUACAAUUAUAUAUCAUGGUGUUAAGUAUUGUACUGUGAAAAGCAUGCUUUAACUGUACCAAGACAAUAGUAGUUCAUUUAACAAGUAAUUGUUAGAUAAUUUUCAUAUUCAAUGCUCAUUUUUUACAGAAAAGUGAAUUUUCAUACUUGGCCAAGUUUUGUACUCAUAAAAU